UCACUUUACUAAUCUAUCGGUCAUCACUAAGGGCAAAAACGUAAACAAAGCAAAAAUCUACAAUUAUUGUCGGGAAAAUGGAUUACAUUUGGUGGCUAUCGAUGUCCUAGCCAAGCGCUCCCACCCAACCAUGGAUGCCCUCAAGAUACUGCAGGGCACCACCCAUUCGCAGUCGGCAGGAGCCCCCUCCUCGCGACUACGCCUACGGUUCCAUCUCCCCCACUGGGAAAGCUCACUUACACAUAGUGGGUAUUACAAAGGUUUAAUAAAUAUCCCUUUAAGACCGAAACCUGGCCGCCGUCUCGGAUAUUUACGCGGUCAAAGCAGAGGAUUCGUUUUGCAGGAUAAGGGUACAGGCGCCGCGGAAACUAUGCUCUACCAGCCAUGUAUUGGUAGAGCUCGCAUGGAAACGCGGCCCUCAAGGAACAUGCGCGAUGCGCGUGUGUAUGGUCACCUAAUCCUGAGGAGCUCCAAGGGAAAAGAAGGGACGGGCCAAAAAGGCAAACAGCGAGGACAAAUAAGGCUCUCGGGUCUAACUCCGGAUAAACUCACAAACAGCCACCGUCGGGCCGGGCCUGGAGGCGAUGAUGACUUUCCGCCGGAGGCCAGCAGCGAUACGGAUCUUCACACGGUAAAACGGCGCUGUCCGGUGAGUUGAGUAAGGGCAGUCCGAGAUUCGGCUGCCAGACAAAAUGGCGAUACUUCUCAGCGCCGCAAUGCGUUCGCUGGAAGUUCCAGAGAACGCCGGAACGGACUCACCGGGAAAUGUUGACGUCGUCGGCGUCGAUUGUGGAAGGCUUUCCUGGCUGGUCGCUGGCACGGGUCGAACGGACACCGGUUUCUGGGUAGCCAAGUCGGGCUGGUAGGUAUGGCGAAGUAUGGCGAUGUCAGUAAACUCCAAAUAAAUCUUCCGGGGCCCUUUGUAUUGGGACCCCGGCUGCCUUUAUAAAUGAUAAAUAUUAAAUACCGAACUGCUCUAGAA